CAUUGUAGGACCACCAACCUGGUGAUCCGAGGAGCCCUGCUGUUCUCUGUAGGCGUCUUCCUGGCCUUGGUGCUGAACUUACUUCAAGUCCAGAGAAACGUCACCCUCUUUCCCCCCGAUGUCAUCAGCAGUAUCUUUUCCUCAGCCUGGUGGGUGCCGCCCUGCUGUGGCACAGCCUCAGCAAUGAUCGGGCUGUUGUACCCCUGCAUCGACAGCCUUCUGGGUGAGCCACACAAGUUCAAGCGGGAAUGGUCCAGUGUGAUGCGCUGCGUGGCUGUGUUUGUGGGCAUCAACCACGCCAGUGCUAAAGUGGACUUUGCCAACAACGUCCAGCUGUCUCUGACUCUGGCGGCGCUCUCCGUUGGUCUGUGGUGGACGUUUGACCGCUCUCGCAGCGGCUUUGGCCUAGGAGUCAGCAUUGCCCUGUUGGCAACGCUGGCCACCCAACUCCUGGUUUAUAAUGGAGUCUUUCAGUAUACUUCUCCAGAUUUCCUCUAUAUUCGCUCCUGGUUACCUUGCAUCUUCUUCGCAGGGGUGAUAACUAUGGGAAACAUAGGACGGCAGCUAGCCUUGUAUGAAUACAAAAUCAUUCAGGAAAAGACCCAUCAGGACUGAGGGAUCUCAUCAGGCCUCUGCUCCAAAUGAUGUCAAAGCCAGAGUCAGGUUGGAGAACAUCUGCACACAGCAUAGACGAGGACUGGCUGGCCCUGGAUCAGCCGCUUAGGCAGGAGUCCUGGCCUGGUGCUUUCUGUGGGACAACACAGUAUUUUUGAUUGGCUCUCGUCAGCCCAUUCAGAGUUCAGGGUGGCCACUGGCUUUAUUCUAACCUGAGCUGAAACGAGCAAUGAGAGCAGAGUUUUGUUUUUCUUUGGUGCAGUUUACUCUACUUACCUGGGAAGGGAUUAGCAGCAAAGCAUCUAUCGUUCUUCAGAUCAGCUCGAAAGUUUGAAACCUUGGGCUUUGGGUGCCAAACACAGUCACACUGGAUCCGUUUUAAAUACUGCUCUUAUCUCCUGAGUCUUUCACAUCCUUCACGUAUCAGUGGAGAACACACAGCCUAGUGAACUUAUAUCUAAAAAGAUAUGCAUCUUACCGGACUGUUUAUAUUGUUUAUAGCUUAUGUCUACAUUUGGGUUUUCUUGAUAAAGGAAUGAUGUGUACUGUACGCUUGUCUGCACUGGCAGUGAGGACACCUGUAGUGGAUUACUACCAGCCCCACCUGCCCUGCUCGUCACCAACGUGUAUAGUAUUAUCGGAUCUAAAGAAUGAAAGGAUACAUGGAAGGACCGUGCUUUUAGCAUGACAUCGCCAGACCAAAGAGUUGGCCCCGAACCUCUCAGUUCAUUUUUGAUUUCCAAGGGGUGUUAUCAACAGCUGUAGAGCAGAAUGCCUCUGGAUGUAAUGACUGACCGACCGACCAAAGCAACAAAACAUUCGCUAAGCAAUGGACAAAUGUAGGCCGAAUACAGCAUGCAGAGGUGACGACGUAGCAUCCAAAUGUCUGUGAAAUGUCUUUUUGCCAUUAGAAUUUGAAAAUAGUCAAUAGUCACUUCAACAGAAGUUCCACAUCAGCUGCAGAUAUCUUGGUUGUUUCUGAAAAUGCCUCAUCAGCUCUCCUUUUUUAUUUUUUUUUAAUUACUAAAGAGGAACCGUUCACUCACAUUCAUACACUGUGACCCAAGGAAACUUUGACAUGGGACAGGGAUCGAACCACCAACCUUCCAAAUGGUAGGCAACUGCUCUACCACUGAGCCUCAGCCACCCCACAGCCACCCCAGCCGAUGAUCUGGUUGGAGGGGGACCAGAUGCAUCUGUAAUUAAAAAUAAAUAAAAAAAUAGCUUCCAUAUUUGUCUCGUUACCAGGCUACAGAGCGCUCUUAUUGUAUGUUCAAAGCUCCCAAAGGUGUUUGUUGGGAGUGAAUGGUGCAUUUUGGAAUUUACAACGGCUUAGGAAAU